AUGGAAAUGCUCUAUCAAAAUCCAAUCUUUUUCCAGCAGACCUUCCACAAGGAGCCGUCACAAGGUGCACUUUUUUUCAAUCUCUUCAUCAAUAACAUAGCCGAAUCUGUACGGAGUGUCACGACCAUCAAGUGCUUAUCUUAUGCUGAUUAUCUUGUUCUAUGGCAUUCCGCCCCGAAUAAACGCUCAGAAGAGGACUGA